AUGAUGGACCAGCCGAUAAAGAAUGUCCUGUUCGACUUGGACAACACCUUAAUCGACCGCUCGACGGCGUUUGCGCGGCUCUUUGAGCAUUGGUAUCACGCCUUGCCCAUAACCGGUCGGCCAACGGACAAGGAAGAGUUUGUAUCCCGCAUGGCUCUGAGGGGUAACGGCUCAGAGCCGAUUCCUGACAUCUACCAGGACGUGCUGGAAGAAUGGCCGGGCAGUUUCUCAAGCCUGGAGGCAGCAGUCGAUGCUCACUUCAGCAUGUUGCCCAAUCUGGUGGCCCUUCAUCCCAAGGCCGAGUUAAUGUUGAGAAACUUCCGGGCACAUGGAGUUCCAGUAGGUGUGAUCACCAACGGCUACUCGAAGGUGCAGUGGAGUAAACUUAGAAACACCGGUAUCGCGGCACUGGUUGAAGCCUGUGUGGUUUCUGAGGACUUAGGCAUUCGGAAGCCAGAUCCCGCUAUUUUCACCAUGCCCUGGAGCUGA